UCUGUUGUUAAAUUGCGGUCCGCUGGAAAAGAGACACAGUUUUGAUUCUGGGAAAAGGAGACUGUGCAAAGAAAAGUACAUCGUUUACUCUAAGACACAGGUCAUCAAUAAGGAAAAAACAAUGGAGCUCUUCGUCACAGACAUAACUGUAAAAACGAAGCAUGUGAAUGUUCUGCCAAGUACCACCAUCGGUGAACUGAAGCAGCACAUUGCCCCUCACUUUGGGGCAAGGGUCUCAGGCCUGAAGCUUUCAGCCAGUGGUCAGAUCCUGGACAAUGACCAGAAGACUGUGAGCCAAUACGGAUUGAGUUCAGGAGCCACCGUGAUGCUGCUGAUCUCCAUGGCUCCCGUACCACUUCAGGUGUUCGUGAAGAAUGAGAAGGGGCAGACGAAGACAUAUGACAUUACUGAUGAAGAGACCGUCGAUCAGUUGAUGAGAAAGGUCCGCCAAAAAGAAGGAAUACCAGAGGACCAGCAGCGGCUGAUCUUCAGCGGUAGACAGCUGGACUCUGGCAGGAAGCUGCAGGAUUACGGCAUUGGUCCAGAAAGCACCAUUUAUUUGACCCUCCGUCUGCGUGGAUAGUGAUGAGAUAAAUCACAUGUGGAGAUCAUUUUUGUCCUAUUUAACACCGAAGGACAAAAGAUACUACUACUACUAAUAAUAAUAAUACUUUACUGAGUAUGUUGUAUGUGAUUUGAGUGAUUUGAUCAGUCAGCUUAUUCUCCUAUUUAACCACCAUUUUAAGAAAGUAAUCACAUCUGGAAACCUCUGUACUUCUUAUUCCUGACACACUUCUGCAGAUGCUUUGGACACACACUUAGAUACCCUACAGUAAUGGCAGGGUUGAAUGAUAACAGCAUAAAUAGUCAAAUUUAGUUACUGAUUUUUUUAUUGUUGCUAUUUAUUAUUUAACAACACAAUAAUGUACACAACACAAUAAUGUACACAACACAACAAUGUACAUAACACAAC